AGGCUCAUUCGUCCCCUCCUGUGCUUGCCUAACCCCUUGCUCAACGGCUUUCCUCAAAGGCGGGCCAAGCUGUUCCGGUUCGCUUCAGAGAACGACCUCCCGGAGUGGAAGGUGCGGGGCACCGGGGACGUCAAGCUGCUGAAGCACAAGGAGAAGGGGACCAUCCGCCUCCUCAUGCGCAGGGACAAGACCCUCGAGAUCUGCGCCAACCACUACAUCACGCCAAUGAUGGAGCUGAAGCCGAACGUAGGCAGUGACCGUGCCUGGGUCUGGAAUACCCACGCAGACUUCGCCGACGAGUGCCCCAAGCAGGAGCUGCUGGCCAUCCGCUUCCUUAACGCCGAGAAUGCACAGAAAUUCAAAACGAAGUUUGAAGAAUGCAGGAAAGAGAUUGAAGAGAGAGAGAAAAAAGGAUCUGGCAAAAAUGAUAGUGCCGAGAAGCUAGGAGCUCUUUCGGUGAAGGAGGGCAAGGAGCCCAAGAACGAGACCAAGGAGGUGGCUGAGGAGGAGCAGUGAGUCGGCUCCCGUUGUGUUCUUUCUCCCUGUCUUUUCCCUUUUUCUUUUUUUAUACUUUGCCCUGCACCUUUCUUUUUGUUUUGUUUUUACAAGGGACUUUAUAUAAAGAACUGACUUCCAACAUUCAGGUUGUUUUUUUCUAAGUUUUUGCCCUAAUGAAGACGACUUCAGAAAAUCCAU